UGUAAAAUCUUAGGCCAAACAAACGCACACAACAAAAGGAAACGCUUCCCUGGUACAAUGGCUCCCUCGCCGGUCUCCGGCGAGGAGUUCAGUGACAGCGACGAUGACGUUAUGGACAAAGACUUGGAAGCCCUAAGGCAAGCCUGUAUCCUUACUGGUACAACUCCCGGUAAUUUCAAUGACUUCCAAGGCAGUAUGAGUAGUUCGCCGUCUACCGCCGCCGCCGUAUCGGCCGUUAAACCUAUUGGCGGAGGUGCCGCGGAGGCUUCGGAAUCUGACAGCGACGAAGAUUUUCAAUUGGUGCGCAGUAUAAAGGAUCGGUUUUCUGGGGCGGCGGAUUCGUACGAACCGCUUUCCUUGAAGCCUUUAUGUGCUAUUCAUCCGUUUCUGGAUCAAGAGGAUUUGGAGGACGACGAUUUUGAGACUCUACGAGCAGUUCAGAGGCGUUUUGAGGUCUACAAUACCGGUUCAUUAGAGAACAGAAAAGAAGAUUUCUUACAGAACCAGGAGCAUAUCCAUGUACCAGGCAAAGCCUCCAAGAAUGAAACUUUGAACUAUUCCAUUGUUGAUGAAAGGCAUGCUUGUGAAGAAAAUAAAGAUUUAGUAGAAGGUGGUGAUGCCACCCAACUAUCUGGUGAUGGCAAGGAGAUACAGCUGUUUGGUUCCAUGGACCAGCAUCAAUCAGAUGCUUGUAAGUUUUCUAUGUUGCCAUUGAGAAAUUCUAGCUUCCCAAGGUCUGCACAGGUGUUUAUUGAUGCAAUUAAGAAGAACAGGUCAUGCCAGAAGUUUUUGCGCGCUAAGUUGACUCAGAUUGAAGCAAGACUUGAGGAGAACAAAAAACUGAGGGAGCGUGUUAAAAUCCUCAAAGACUUCCAAGCUGCUUGCAAAAAAAUAACAGGGCAAGCUUUGUCCCAGAGAAAGGAUCCUCGUUUCCAACUGAUUUCAGCACGUGAUUCAAAGGUUAAUUAUAAAAAAGUCUCUGCUACUCACUUUGGCCCAGUGGAGAAUUCUCAUGUUGCUAGCUACAGAGUUGCAUUGACGAACUUUCCAAUUUCAUUGCACCGAAAUAAAUGGACAGAGGCAGAGAAAGAAAAUCUCGUGAAGGGGAUAAGACAACAAUUUCAGAAAUUGGUGCUUCAAGUUUCAGAAGACUUAUUGAGUGGUUCAGAGGGAUAUUCUGGAACUGCAAAUGGUUUCGAUGGCAUUCUUGCAUCUAUUAGAGAUUUUGAAAUUACACCGGAACAAAUUAGGGAAUUUCUUCCCAAAGUUAACUGGGAUGAGUUGGCUUCCUUGUAUGUUGUGGGUCGUUCCGGUGCUGAAUGUGAAGCAAGAUGGUUGAACUUUGAAGAUCCCUUAAUCAAUCGCAAUCAAUGGACUGCAAAAGAGGAUAAGCUUCUUCUGUAUACUGUCCAAGAGAAGGGGAUCACAAACUGGUUCGAUAUUGCAGUAUCACUCAGGACAAACAGGACCCCAUACCAGUGCCUGGUCCGUUUCCAAAGAAGUUUAAAUGCUUGUAUAUUAAAAAAGGAGUGGACCAAGGAAGAGGAUGCUCGACUUCGAAGUGCUGUAGAAGCUUUUGGUGAGAGUAAUUGGCAGUCUGUAGCUUCUACUUUAGAAGGUCGCUUUGGUACUCAAUGCUCCAAUAGAUGGAAAAAGUCCCUUCACCCUGGCAGACAGAAGGUGGGGAGGUGGGCGCCAGAUGAAGACAAGCGCUUAACGGUUGCUGCAAUGAUUUUUGGACAAAAAAAUUGGAACAAAAUUGCUAAGUUUGUGCAUGGUCGUACUCAGGUGCAAUGUAGAGAAAGAUGGGUGAAUACUUUGGACCCUUCUGUAAAUCGCGGUAAAUGGACUGAAGAAGAGGAUUCAAAGUUGAAAGCAGCUGCUGCUGAAAAUGGAUAUUGCUGGUCUAAGGUUGCUGCAUGUUUACCUUCAAGGACUGACAACCAGUGCUUGAGGAGAUGGAAGGUGUUAGUUCCAGAUGAAGUGCUUCGGCUCCAACAAGCAAGAAGGAUACAGAAAGCUGCUCUUAUUGGCAACUUUGUUGAUCGGGAGUCGGAGCGUCCUGCACUUGGUCCCAAUGAUUUUAUUCAGUUGCCAAGGAUUUGUGGAGUUCCUGAAUCUGAGAAUGUGAAUCAGCCAAGGCAACAUAAAAGGAAAUUAAGAGAGAAGUCAGCCCCUAACAAAGAAAAGGAUGUAGCAGCUCGAAAGAAGUCAGCCCCUAACAAAGAAAAGGAUGUAGCCCCUAACAAAGAAAAGGAUGUAGCAGCUUGCAAUGUUUCAAAGAAUAUUAAAUCCAAGAGGCUUAGAAAAGAAGCUCAAAUUUGUUCCGAAGAAGUCCCAGGGACCAUCAAUGACAAUGAAGUUGAGAUCUUUGAUGCCCAUAAUGCCACUUCAAAUGAAAAAAUGAAGAACUGUAAUCCCCAACCAAUGACUGGCGGAGGUGAAGUAGUUGAUCAUGUUGAGAAGAGAAGGUUUCUCAAACGACGUUCAGAAAGGGGUAAAUCUUUAGAACCAGAUGGAGAGAGACCAAACCUCCUAUUUCCCUCUGAAAGUCUGGAAUUAGGGACAACCGAUGGUGGUAUUAUCAGGAGGACCUGUGAUGGGAAGAAUGUCACUUCAAAUAAGACCAUGGUGUCCUGGAAACAGUAUUCUAGAAAAAGAUUGCAUGUUAAAUCAGGUCAAGAACAAAGUGGUAUGGCGUCUUCUGGAAUGUCCUUGUUAUCCGAAACUAUUGAUUGUACAGAAGAGAUCAAUGGUCCUUCAGUUCGUCAGGAUUCAACAUCAUUGAUGGUGACGAGUGGUGAAGAGAUUGGCAUGCCUCGUGGGGAUGAUGCUUCUGGGAAGAAGACGCCUAAACUGCGAACAAGAAGGAAAGCAUGUAUAGAAUCGGCUGAACAUCACAAUGGAUUAGCAAAGCACCUUCAAAGUAUGGAAUUGAGAAAUAUGGAUCAGGAGGGAGGUCAGGACCCAGUUUUAGACACAGUCACUUCAAAAAAGGGGGAUAGUAUUCUGAAGCAGAUCCACAAAAGGAAAAGAAGACCUGUAUUAUCCAAAGAAUGCCAGGAAAUUCAGUUUGCUCAUGAUCAGCAAGAUGGCCCUAAAAUUUCAAAAUGUAGAGCCAAAAAUUCUUCAAAGCAAAUUAACCAAACACCAGAUGAUGAUGAUGACAUUACACUUUCGUCUUUUCUCGAUAAGAAAUUGAAGAACAGAAAACCUCCAGUUGCCAGAAGUUCUCACCAGUCUUGCUCCCCAAAUGGAAUCGUGUGAGAAGCUCGACGGACUAGAUACGAUUUAUUUUAGGGCCAUUGACCCUCGUCAACCUGUGAGGACUGAUCAAUCUGGUGACUGCGAAACUGAUGACAUUGCUCUUGCUAGCUUUUCGCGUAAUAGUCAUAAAAAACAUGAUAUGGAAAUGAUCAUUGCUCCCCUUGAACACUGCAACAAUGGGUAGGAAGGCAAUAACGAUGCUGACGUCUGUACUCUUUCAGUCUUGCGUGCUUCCUUCGCAACCAAUCAAAUAAGCGGCGCCUUAAGGAAAAGGAGUUGAAGCUGCCUUCGGAUGAGGUAGAACAAUCAAGUUGUCAAUCCAAGACUUCUUGAAAUGGUAUAGUGUCAGAGACUUUGUCAUGUAGCAGCAUUCCAUCAAGUGUAUCCAGGGAUAAAAGGCAACCCAAAAAAAAGGUUGAUUUGGUUGGGAAUCAAACUGUUACUGAAAGCCUGCGGGAGAGCUGGUACGCACUAAUUUCAAGCAUUGUUUUAUGCUUGUGAUGAGCUCAGAGACGGUUGUUCUCUGGUAUUUGAGAGGCUUAUCUAUGCUUGAGCAUCAUAUUGUGUGGAAUUAUGGUGCUGCCGUGCCGCUGUGCUCGUUUCUUGAUGCCCAUUUUUUUCGCGACUAUAUAUAGUGUGCACUCUCAUCGAGUGACUAGGAGUUUUGUAGCAGAGUUUAGUUGCUUAUGAUUCUUUAACGCAAGCUGGUAUACGGAUUAGAUUUUUCACGAGUCACACCUGUACAGCGAUAUUUAUUGAGAAUUCUUUUCUUUAGUACACGAGAUUGCCAAAUAUUGUUUGUCCUCAUCCACUGAAGGUUGAUGAGUUAAUACCAUUAUUAGCAUUGAUUUGGCAAAA